CCUUGGGAUUUAGCAUCUCUGGAGAUUUUAAUAUUCUGUUUUGUAAAGGGGGAGGACCUUAAAUUAUAAAAAAGUGAUAUCAGUGUGAUAUUCUUUCUUACUGUGGAAAGCUAGCAAGCAAAUUAAUUGGGUACAUCCUUCUUGUUAUUUUUCUCCCUUUUCUGCACAUAGAGAUGUGUGUAGCAUCUGAGUGAUGUGAGGACAUCUUAUCUGUCUGUAAAAGUGACCAGAAAAAUAAUUGACCAUCUUAGUCUAUUAAUAAAAUAAUGUACUAUCAUUGUAUGAUUAUUUUAUAUAGUGUAUUGGGAAUUAUGUCUUAAAAUAGUUCCCAAUAUUCCAAAACUUCAGCACAAAAUAAGUGGUUAUUACUAAAUAAGCAUCUUCCCAGUACGUGUUUAUAUGGAAGUAGAGGAAAUGAGUCUUCACAACAUAUUUAAGUAACAUGCUAUUAGUCUGUCAAAUAAUUAUCAGGCAAAAAAAAGUGGAUUUCACAUUCACAGCUGACUGUAAAGAUGAACAAUACAUGAUAAUCAAAUAAGACACAAGUUGCAUAGGAUUGAUUGUUUUACUGUAUGAAUCUCCCGUGUUAAAUAGUUGAGUUUUUACAAAGCCUCAAAGCCUUUGUGACGUUUGCCCUGUCAUCACACACAAUCCGCUAAUAUCCCUCUCUUAAACUCCACAAAGAAAUUAGAUCAAAGAUUUAAAAAAAAUGUGAUCGGUGCCCUAUUAAUAUGGGGACUGAUGACACUCAGUUUGGCUCUCAGAAAAAAUCGGACAGACAGAAAAGCAGGUAAUGUUUCCUUUUACAGUCUUUUAUGUACUAGGUAUUUGCCAGGUAAAUUAUGUGGCACAUAAUUGGGUAAUUAUCACUGUUAAACAUAGGUAAAUACUAGGAAAAUAACACUGGAAUACUGUAAAAGCACCAUCCCAAUUACAUAUAAAUUAAAGUGACUAUCUUGUAAUUAUCAAAGAUUUGUCUUGGUUACAGCCUGAGUAUAAUUAUGUACUUCCUAAGCAAUUAGACAGUACUUACUUUGUAAUAGAGGUUUUCCCAAGAAAGUGCUAUCUAAAUUCCUAGAAAGCACACAGUUAAACUCACACAAGGACAUUUUGGCAGUUAAUUAGUGUGUGUGUGUGUGUGUGUGUGUGUGUGUGUGCGUGUGCGUGUGUGUGUGUGUGUGUAUUCAACAAUUUAUUUUUGUACCAUUUUUUCAAAUUCUUAUAGUAAAUGUCCUUUGAUAGUGAUCAUGCUAAAAUCGCGCUUGCAGGUAAACAGUUACAAUCAGGAGUAGCCGGGCAUAUGAUAGACAUAUACAAUAUUCACGUUAUUUGCUUACUUAUAUUAUUGUGCUGGUCACAGUUGUCCAACAUCUUUCAGCAAUUUUAUUUUGUUUGAACUGGUUUGAAUCUCACAUGAUGCUGAUCUUUCCUCCUGUGUUUGCCUGAUGUUCAGUUACAAAUGUUGCUUCAAAGGUAGCAAACAGAAUUACCUAUAAAAUAAAUAUCAACUGCUUUGGUUUUCCAGAUGUUUGUGUGUGAUGACAAAGACAAACUGAAGGCAUGGAACAUUAAGGAUAUUCAUGAAAUGGCUAGCGCAUUAAUAAUAUCUGUUCCUGUCUUAGAGACAUGACAGAUUUUUGUAAUCUUCAAAAAUCAUGAAAUGAAAAUGGGGAAAAUUGCCCUAGUGUAUUCCUAUGGGAGCUAUGUCUAAGCAGCAAUGGGGUAUCUAACUCAAUUCUGCAGCAAUAAGUGAAAUUAUGGUCUCUCCUAUUCAUGAUCAUCCCAAACUAUCCGAAAAUAGGGACUGCAUUCAAAAAUACUAAAACUGUCCUAUAAAUCAUAACUGAGAAGUUCCCCUGUUAAAAAAAAAAAAAGAAAUAUUCUGAAGGAAAAUUCUUCGAUUAACAUUUAAUUUUUCACGAAAUCAUUCUAAUACAGGAACAAAGUGCAGAAGCCUUGAUAUAGGCUUUCUGCUAUUCUGCAUGCAUUAUUUCCCCCUUUCCAGAUUGAUACUGGAUGGAUUUCAGCCCAUGAUAAAGGCAGUAGUUAAAAAAAAAAAAUCAUGACUCACUUUAGUAAGUUGUAUUCACAUAGGGGGAGCAGCCGGUAGAACAUUAAAAGCAGCUCUAAAUAUAUCAAAAAGACUCAGUGCCUUUGAAACUCAAGCCGUGAUAAUCGUGUCUUAAUAGUGAUUGUUAUUUUGGAAUGUACAUCUCCUAGUCUCAAAGAGCUAGACCUUACAUAAGAGCCCUUCUACCAGAUCAAUUAUUCUGAAUGUAAAAGUUAGCUGUAAUGACUUACAUAACAAGUAAAUUGCAGCUGCUCUUUCCAAAAGAAGGCAUAAUAGACAUGUUAUUUCGGCCAAAGUAGGAUUGUUUUAGAUGUGGGUGAGUCAGAUUUAACUCUGUUUACUUCAACAGUCCACUGCCAAGCCAAGUGUAUUGAAUGUAUAAAAGGAAAAGUCAAACAUAUUAUGGUUUGAACAUGAACAUUAAUAAUAGCAGUUUUGGAUCGCUAUAAAUUCACAUUAUUGCUAUCUUCCAUAUGUACAUUAAAGUUAUUCUGUCAUCUCAAGUGUGCCAGACCACAUGGUUAGCCCAAACUGUAUCAAAGUAGUCAUCACAUUACAUUUUAGCCAUUUCCCAGAUGCUCUUAUCUAGACUGACUUUCACACCAUACAUGGUUUUUACAUACAAUUCGUUUAUGCAGCUGGAUAUUUACCAAAGUAAUGGGGGCACCUCGUAACUAGUACGAAGCCAGCACCCCACCUACAACCUUGAAUGCUAACCUUGCUAACCCACUUCCUCAACCGCAAUACUAAACUGCCACCCAGUCAUUUGUAUGUAAUGUGAUUUUACAAAUGCAGAUGUAGAAUAACUGAAAUUAACUAGCUUCAUAUUCUAAUAGAAUGAAACUAACACUUGUAUAUAUUGGCAGGGCAAAGUUAAGAAAUUCUAGCUGAAACCCUCUGUAACUGAUUUUCAUUUGUUCAGUUUACAGGCCUUGCCAGUUUUGAUAUACUCUUCUAUAUAAUCCCCAGCUAAUGGAAACAGAACACCAUCCACAGCUGUGUUCCGGUAUAGCUGAAUUUGCAUUAGAGUACACAGACAAUUUUCAAAUAUAGGAGGUUGUUGCCUCCUAUAUUUGGUUAUGUUUAGGUUUUAAGUGAUGUAUAUGAACACAGACUUGAGUGUCAGAUUUAUUUUUCUGGCUCACUCACUUUUCCCAUUUAUUUUCUGCAUUCAGUUGUUGUUUCCUUUCAUUGACUUUAGUGAUGAUCAUUAUCAUGUAAGAAACCUGCCAAGAAUUUCCUUAACGCAACUCUACCUUGUUCAGCCUCUUUAUAAUGUGCACUAUAUUGACCAACUGUUGUUUCAUGGCCAUGUCUAAGCCGGCGCAAUGGGCCAAGUAUGUCGAGUACACCUUCACAGGCAUUUACACUUUUGAGUCAGUGAUUAAAAUUCUGGCGCGAGGAUUUUGCGUGGGACCCUUCACCUUUCUGCGAGACCCUUGGAACUGGUUGGACUUCAGCGUGAUAGUCAUGGCGUAUGUAACCGACUUUUUAAAACUAGGCAGUCUUUCAGCCCUUCGAACAUUCAGGGUCCUCAGAGCACUGAAAACUAUUUCAGUAAUUCCAGGCCUGAAGACCAUCGUGGGGGCUCUGAUCCAGUCGGUGAAGAAGCUGGCGGACGUGAUGAUCCUGACGGUGUUCUGCCUCAGCGUGUUCGCCCUCAUCGGCCUGCAGCUCUUCAUGGGGCUGCUGCGGCAGAAGUGCGUCCGCACCUCGAGCCACUGCAUCAACUCCACGUACAACCCCAACGACACCUUCGUUUGCAAUAACCGGACCUGGAAGUCCUGGGCAGAGUACAACAACUCUGAAGAAAAUGUUUACAAGAUUGAAGGAGCAAAGGAUGCCUUAAUAUGCGGUUAUGGAAACGAUUCAGGGAAGUGUCCCGAUGGAUUUGUGUGUCUGAAAGCAGGAAGGAACCCUAAUUAUGGUUACACUAGUUUUGACAGCUUUGGAUGGGCUUUCCUGGCUUUGUUCCGUCUCAUGACACAGGACUGCUGGGAGAACCUCUAUCAACAGACACUCCGGUCGGCAGGGAAGACCUACAUGAUCUUCUUUGUCCUGGUGAUCUUCCUGGGGUCAUUCUACCUGGUCAACCUGAUCCUGGCCGUGGUCGCCAUGGCGUACGAGGAGCAGAACCAGGCCACCAUCGCUGAGGCCUGGCAGAAAGAGCAGGAGUUCCAGCUCGCCAUGGAGCACUUACGAAAGGAACAGCAGGCCAUGUCUCAAAAGGCCCAGGAGACAGACUCUGUGAUGCUGCCGAUACUUUUUCCAUUCACUCUAAAAGACUCCAAAGAGCGGAAGAAGAGAAAGAAAGCUCCCAGGACCCAGUCUGAGGGGGCUGAAGAAGAAGCACGGGAGAAGGCAAAGUUAGAUGUAGUGGAUGAGCCCAGGAACCUGCACCCCUUCCUGGCCCGCUCGCUGUCGUGCCGGACUAGGAGGCCCAGCCAGGUCAGCUUCUUCAGCUUCCGUCCCCGGAACAGGGGCUCGGAGGAGGCAGACGAUGAGCGCAGCGGGGACAGGAGCCGGGUCAACUCCCUGAUCGUCCCCUGGAGCCACCGGAGGCCCAGCUGUCACAGCGCCACCAGCUGCUACUCCCCGGUCUUCUUCCCCGGCAUCAGCGUCAACGGGAAGCUGGCCGUCGGCUCCGAUCACAAUGGCAUGAUGGGCUCGGGCCUGCUGGUGCCCUGGGCUCUGCCGGACUGCGCCAUGGAGAAGGGGUCGACCUGCGGGCCCGAGAGCGGCUCGGUCCUGUUCCCGCGCAGGCUGUCUCCAGAGCUGCUGGAGGAGGGCUUCCGCCGGGAGAGAUCAGUCAGCGACACCAGCUUCUUCUCGGAAGCCAUGGAGGAGCUGGAGGGAACCCGACAGAAAUGCCCCCCUUGUUGGUACACGUUUGCUCGGAAAACCAUGAUUUGGGACUGCUGUCCCAAGUGGCUGCAGCUGAAGAAGGGGAUGAAGAUUAUGGUGAUGGACCCAUUUCUGGACCUGGCCAUCACCAUCUGCAUCGUGCUCAACACCCUCUUCAUGGCUCUGGAGCACUACCCCAUGACAAAGGACUUCAACAGUGUGCUGUUGGUGGGCAACCUGGUCUUCACUGGAAUCUUCACAGCAGAGAUGGUGUUUAAGAUUAUCGCCCUGGAUCCAUACUACUACUUCCAGCAGGGCUGGCACAUCUUUGACAGCAUCAUCGUCAGCCUCAGCUUGAUGGAGCUGGGUUUGUCCAAUGUGGAGGGCCUGUCCGUUCUGCGAUCCUUCAGACUGUUGAGGGUCUUCAAGCUGGCCAAGUCCUGGCCUACCCUGAACACUUUGAUCAAGAUCAUCGGGAACUCAGUGGGAGCCCUCGGCAACCUGACCCUGGUCCUGGCCAUCAUCGUCUUCAUCUUCGCCGUGGUGGGCAUGCAGCUCUUCGGGAAGAACUACCAGGACUGCGUGUGCAAGAUCUCCAAGGACUGCACGUUGCCGCGGUGGCACAUGACGGACUUCUUCCACUCCUUCCUGAUCGUGUUCCGGGUGCUGUGCGGGGAGUGGAUCGAGACCAUGUGGGACUGCAUGGAGGUGGCCGGACAGCCCCUCUGCAUCCUCGUUUUCAUGCUGGUCAUGGUGAUUGGAAACCUGGUGGUGCUGAACCUCUUUCUGGCCCUGCUACUAAGCUCCUUCAGUUCGGACAACCUGUCGGCGCCGGACGAAGACGGCGAGAUGAACAACCUGCAGAUCGCCAUCGCCCGCAUCCACUUGGGGGUGGGCUGGCUGCGGCGCACGCUCUGCGACGUCUUCAACGGAAACGUGAAGAGGCGGCAGCAGAAGGCCCGGGAGGCCAGGGUCUCGCUGAAGAUGAAGCACCUGGCCAAUCACGUGGAGGUGAACGGCGUGGCGGGGGUCAUCGGGAUCUACGGGGAGAAGUACAUCGUCAACGACGACGAAAGCUACAUAACCAAUCCCAGCCUGACUAUCAGCGUCCCAAUCGCCCCUGGAGAGUCGGACCUGGAGUAUAAUGAAGAGGAGGAGGAUGAGGAAGAGGAGGAGGAAGAGGAAAAUGAGUCAUCAGUCCACGAAAAGAGAGACACUCAGAGCAUGUCAGAGGGCAGUACCGUUGACCUGAGGAAGUCAGGUGAUCUGCAGGACGAGUAUUCCGAAAUGGACGAAGAGACCAUGGACCCCGAGGACUGCUACCCCGAAAUUUGCGUCCGCCACUUCCCGUGCUGUAAAAUUAACACCAUGGAGGGAAUGGGACUGUCCUGGUGGAGACUGCGGAAGACCUGCUACCAAAUCGUGGAGCACAGCUGGUUUGAGACCUUCAUAAUCCUCAUGAUUCUGCUGAGCAGUGGUGCUCUGGCGUUUGAAGACAUUUAUAUAGAGCAGAGGAAGGUGGUGAAGGUAGUUUUGGAAUAUGCCGACAAGGUGUUCAGCUAUGUCUUUGUCCUGGAGAUGUUUCUCAAGUGGGUGGCAUAUGGAUUCAAGAAGUACUUCACCAAUUACUGGUGUUGGCUUGACUUUCUCAUCGUAGAUGUGUCUAUAAUAAGCCUCAUAGCUAAUUCGCUGGGAUGCGCUGACUUCGCCGCCAUAAAAUCACUUAGGACCCUCAGAGCUCUCAGACCGCUAAGAGCACUGUCCAGAUUUGAAGGCAUGCGGGUGGUGGUGAACGCACUAAUUGGCGCCAUUCCCUCCAUCAUGAACGUGCUGCUCGUCUGCUUGAUUUUCUGGCUCAUAUUCAGCAUAAUGGGUGUCAACCUCUUUGCGGGAAAGUUUGGAAGGUGCGUCAACCAGAAAGGGGACCUUUAUAAUGCCUCCGAGAUCAACAACAAGUCUCAAUGUAAGGCCAUGAAUGACCCGCAGUUUUACUGGACCAAGGUGAAGGUCAACUUUGAUAACGUGGCCUCUGGCUACCUCUCACUUCUGCAAGUGGCAACUUUUAAAGGCUGGAUGGAUAUCAUGUACGCAGCUGUGGAUUCACGAGCUGUGGAGGAGCAGCCCACCAAGGAAGCAAACCUGUACAUGUACCUGUACUUUGUCAUCUUCAUCAUCUUUGGGUCCUUCUUCACCUUGAACCUCUUCAUCGGUGUGAUCAUUGACAAUUUCAACCAGCAGAAAAGAAAGAUAAGUGGAGAGGAUAUUUUCAUGACUGAAGAACAGAAGAAGUACUAUAAUGCGAUGAAAAAGCUGGGCUCUAAGAAACCCCAGAAGCCUAUUCCACGGCCAGUGAACCCGUUGCAAGGCUUCUUUUUUGACCUAGUGACAAAGCAAGCCUUCGACAUCAUCAUCAUGGUUCUCAUCAUCCUGAACAUGAUAACCAUGAUGGUGGAGACGGAUGAGCAGUCAGCUUACACAGAGAAGGUCCUCUACAACAUCAACUUAGCCUUCAUCAUCAUCUUCACCACAGAAUGCCUCAUCAAAAUGGUUGCCCUGCGCUGGUACUUUUUUACCGUUGGGUGGAAUAUCUUCGACUUUGUAGUGGUCAUCCUCUCCAUCGUGGGUGUGGUUCUCUCUGACAUUAUAGAGAAAUUCUUUGUGUCACCAACUCUGUUCCGAGUUAUUAGACUUGCAAGAAUAGGCCGAGUACUUCGGCUUAUACGAGGAGCCAAAGGAAUAAGAACUUUACUGUUUGCCUUAAUGAUGUCUCUACCAGCCUUGUUCAACAUAGGUCUGCUGCUUUUCUUGGUCAUGUUUAUCUAUGCCAUCUUCGGCAUGGCCAACUUCGCCUACGUAAAGAAACAGGGUGGGAUCGAUGACAUGUUCAACUUUGAAACUUUCGGGAAUAGCAUGAUCUGCCUGUUUCAAAUUACAACUUCUGCCGGGUGGGACACCCUGCUCAAUCCCAUCCUGAACAAUCCCCCCGAGGAGUGCAACUCCAACAUCACCAACACCGGCACGAACACCAAAGGCAACUGCGGAAACCCCUCGGUGGGCAUCGCCUUCUUCGUCAGCUACAUAAUAAUAUCCUUCCUCAUCGUGGUGAACAUGUAUAUCGCCAUCAUCCUGGAGAACUUCAGCGUGGCCACUGAGGAGAGCACGGAGCCGCUGGGCGAGGACGACUUUGAGAUGUUCUACGAGGUGUGGGAGAACUACGACCCGCAGGCCACGCAGUUCAUCGAGUACACCAUGCUCUCCGACUUCGCCGACGCUCUGUCGGAGCCGCUUCGCAUCCCCAAGCCCAACAAGAUGAAGCUGAUCGCCAUGGACCUGCCCAUGGUCGCCGGCGACAAGAUCCACUGCUUGGACAUCCUGUUUGCCUUCACCAAGCGGGUCCUGGGCGAGUCCGGGGAGAUGGACGCCCUGAAGCAGCAGAUGGAGGAGAAGUUCAUGAUGUCCAACCCGUCCAAAAUUUCCCACGAGCCCAUCACUUCAACCCUUCGACGCAAGCAGGAGGAGGUUUCGGCCAUCAUCAUCCAGCGAUCCUACCGGAGGCACCUGAUCAGGCGGCAGGUGAGGCAGGCUGCCCUCCUGUACCGGCAGAUCAACAACCCCCGCGAGGUGGCGACAACGCCCGAGAAAGAGGGGCUGAUCGUGUCCAUGAUCAGGGAGAACUACGGGCCUGAAGCCCAUAAGGUUGAGACGAUAAACUCCACUUCCUCUCCGCCAUCUUAUAACAGCAUUAGCAGGGUGGCUAAUGAUAUUUUCCAAGUUCUGAUACCUGACUCCAGGAACGAGGACCUGGGCGAGCAUUACUCUUACAACAUGAGGGUAAACGAGUCAUUUCUUUGAGACGUUGAUUAGGAGAUGCUUGCCUUUUUUUAUUAUGUUUAUCGAAUGUACCAUAGCUCAGAAUUUGGAGUCAGUCUUUAUAAACUCUUGGAUUCACAACAAAUCUGCAGCGCUUCAUAGCAAAAUAUAAUAUAGUUUUGUUUUUGUUCAUUUUUUUGAUAUUUUAUGCUUUGUUGCAAUACAGAAAGGGAAAAAUGUAAAUCAUAAUCUUUGACCAUGCUUGUAUGUCCUUAGCUGGGUAACUACAGCUAUACCCCUGAUGUAAUAUUCAUUUCUAAAACUGAAUUAACUUUCAAUAUUUAUAAAAUACACUUGGUUGUAUUAUGCAUUCAUUAAAGGUCUCAUGUAUAAUAGUGUGACUCUUUAUGGUAACAAACACCUUUCAAAUUAUAAUAAAGUGAGUAAAAACAACAAUAACAUGAUUCUGGUAGCUAAAUGACAGUUAUCUACAUUGUUAUUAAAUAUCAUAUAUUACAAUGAAUCAUUUUUUAUAUGUAUAAAAGCUCUUUUUUUGCUUCCUGCGUAUCAGUAAAAGCAAAUACUGCUAAGCUAUAUAAUUGUAAAAGGCAUAACACUGUACUUUGAGCCAUCUUUGACAAAUGUCCCUUGUAUUUGCACGUAGGUUUAUGCAAGCAAAGACAAUAUCAUAUUACUCAUCUGUCUGGACAUAAACUGGUUUGGUUAUAAACUUGAAGUGUUAACAACUAUAGUCAAGAGAAGCAUGUGAUAAUAAAAACCAUCCCUGUUAAUUUUAUUUAUAUGAUGAUUCCUAGUACCCACCUAAUGCAAGGAGAAAGGUUUAUGUUGAAUAGAUUAGCAGGCAGCAGAUCAGAUAAAUGCUAGGAAUAUGGCAAGCAUAUGUCAAGCACAUUACUGUACAGGUGGAGCAGAAAUGCAAUGUUACCAAAAAAUGUAUGAGCAUUGAAGACCAAACUAGGAAAUAAAAUAUAGCUUAAAAUUAAGAUGUUUCUUUCUAUAGUCUAUUUUCAGCAACAAUAUGCAAGUUUGAGGGAUUAAAUAUUCAGAAAAAGGUUAAUUUGUUACAUUUUGCAUGACACUUUUGGUACGUAUGGAGUUUGUAAUACAUUUCAUUUAAAAAUCCUCCUGACUAAAACUACGAGUGUGUAGGAUGGCUGUAAACAGAACCAAUAACUCAAGGGAUUUCCUGAUUAGUCCUGGGUGCCAGGGAUAAAUUGUAAUUUUCUUUCACCACCCAUUUUGAGAAAAGUUUCAUGGAAAUAUUAAUUAUACACAUUUAUUUGUAAAAUUCACUGUAAUUGAAUUUAGUUGUAGCAGCAUCACAAGAAUUGCACCAUUAUACCAUUAUAUUUCUUUAAAUAUAAAUUUUAAAAUAUAAAAUGCAGAAUAGAGAAAAUGAAAUAUCUAAUAUCACAAGAUCUUCAUAUUUGUUGUUGAGCCUUUGCUAAGUGUUGGUCCAGGGUGUAUUUCUGCCUCUCGUCCAAUGCAUGCUGGGAUAAAUUUCUAAAAUAUUCACUUGUCUGUCAAUGUUAAGGACAAACAUUGAUUUAUUGAAUACAGGCCAUUGUUAGUAUUGUUACCAUUUUAUAUAUUGUCAAAACAUUACACAUUUUAAACUUGUGAGCAUAUUUUUUUUUUGCCUAAAUUCCUUUGCCCUGUCUGAACUACAGGUUUACAUUGGCCAGCUGCAGUGCAUUUCUGUGACAGUACAUGAAUAACUCUGCUGGAUUCAGGUCUAGUUCUUAUAGAUGUGUGCAGACAGAGACAGAGGCUGAAUAUAUUUAUCUUGACAUUUAAGGCCAGGUGUCGAAGGCUCUGCUUCGGAUAACCUGCUUUGCAGCACUCUGUCCUGCUGCUUUAUUUUGCUUUACCAAAGGAUAUUUUAUUCAUUGAUAUUUAAAGGUUAGUUAAUAUUAAACAACACUAUUAUUUCAGAGUCUGGUUCAGACUUACAUACCCUUACAUUUUUAAAAAUAUUUUUUAUAUUGUAUAUUUUAGUUAUUUGUUGACCUCAUCACACUUUUGCAAAUAAGGGCCUUUGAUAAAAUGGUACUGGAGUAACCCAAAAAAAAUCAAAAGACCAAAAAAAAAGAAAAAAAAAUCCCUACAGGAAAGUUGGAGGAAAUGCAAUCAGGAAAUAGAUCACUGAAUCUGCCAAUUUAUCAAAAAUCUCUCCAAAGGCGAAAUGAGGCCAAAUGACAUUUUUAUUUGCAGGAAGCUGGAGAUGGAUUAUGUAUAAUCAUAUACAAUGAUAUAAUAAUCUCCCAGGGUGCAUUCUGUGUAGCAAUGUCCUCUGGGAGGUGUGGGUUUACAUAUUCCACUGUCAUUACAUCAUUAAUAAGAACUGGAAUAUUGAUUGCACAGAAGAAAAUGUUAAGAUCACAGCUAGCAAAACUAUAUAAUGACAAAUAUUAAAAUGUACCUACAUAUUUAAUACCCAAUACAUAUUACAUGUUAACACAGCCUGUAGAGUAUAUUAAAACAUAUAACUUACACCAGAAAUUCUUACUUACGUGUUUUAAUAAUAAAACUUCUAAUAAACUAAUGAUAAUUAAAAGCGCAUUGUAAUCCACUUCUUCAUACAGUAUUACUAUGCUCCAAAACCAAAUUAUCCUCUUUUUUUGGCCAGUUCACCACUUGUCAAACUCAGUGGUGUUUGAGGUCCACAUUCAUGUACAUAACAUGAACUAUACCACACAUUUGUGCAGGGCUAUCUGUUUUACCAUUGUUCAUAAAUGUUUUGUUUCAGGAAUACAUUACGAGGACACAUGAUAGGCAUGGGAAACUGAGGUGUAUGUUACGCUUUAUGUGCACAUAUAAAUGAACUGCUUAUGGUAGGCUGUAUUUUAUAUUGUAGAACACACUGUAUUCAAUUGCUAUUUUGUAUUUUGACAUAUUUUGUAAUGAUAUUCUUGCAGAUAUAUGCUAAGCCAUGCUACAAGCAAGUGGUGCCCAAUGGCUUCUGGCUGACCGAACUGAAUUCAUUCAACACCUGUCCUUAACUUUGACUGGCAAAUAAAGUUAUUUUAUUUUCAUUUGUUAAUGAACAAAUGUUAACCUUUUUUUUAUUUACCACAAAAGCAAUUUGGUGGACUGCAAAAUUCCCAGAAUUACCCAGAUAAAAAAAAAACAAAUUGAGCUGAAGUCAAAGUUAGGGAUAAAUGUUGAUUUAAUCCAGAGCUUUGUAUGCCUUGACCCUUAUAAGAAGUUGCACAAAACUUUUGAAUGGUGGUUCCAACAAUUUUGCAUCUGGUAUUCACAUCAACAGAAAGGCAAGCAUGCAGCUUUAAGCUGUAUCAUUUACCUCUUGUGUAAAAUAACGGUUGUCGGAUCGCAUUUGUUUGAAAUAAAACUGAAAAAAGA